AUGUCAUCAGCCAUAGAUGACAUUCUCGCCAAGUACACCCUGCAACCUCACGAAGCAGAUACGUCCGGGAAGCUCCUCGGGGCGUCUUUCACGGUCGUGGGAAAUCAAAAUGUAUUGUACACAGGUGGGUCGGGUCGCCAAAACUUCCCUCAAACUGCAGUCGCUUGGACUGCGAGGUCCUUCUCUUGGAUCGCGUCAAUGACGAAACUUGUCACGACCACAUGUCUCUUGCAUCUUGUGGAGCAGGGCAAAGUCGAACUUGAUGUCGACGUGAGGCACAUAGUCCCUCGGCUGGGCAAGAUGCAGAUCCUUAAGGGAAUGUUGCUCACUCAUACCGUCGGUCUAGGCUAUGAUCUUGCCGACCCCGAGCUUAUUCGAUGGUCGCAGUACAUCGGUCGUAAAGACACCAAUCUCGACUGGAGCCUGGACGGCUUUGACACCCCGUUCAAAUUUGCACCUGGUGAAGGCUGGUACUACGGCACGGCUGUGGACUGGGCUGGGCAGCUACUUGAAGCACUGACGGGCAACACCAUUGAGGCUUACAUGCAAGAUCAUGUUCUUGACCCUCUCGAAAUGCGCGACACUGGAUUCUGGCCGGGCAAGCUAGACCACGUCCAGGACCGUGCUGUUGCCUGGUCAUGUCGAGGCGACGACAAGACGAGCCUCGGCCCUGGACCCAAGCUCACGCCGACAACUCACGAGAUUGUGAGUGGAGGGGCGGGGUUGUACUCAACGGCAGACGACUACGGACGCUUUCUUCAAGGGCUGCUAUCGGGAGCUUUGGUCAGCGAAACGACUUUGAGGGAUAUGUUUACGCCACAGCUCGACGUGAGACAGUCAGACAUGCUCAACGCAAUCGCAGGCCAGUUCCACGACAUGUUCGCCCCAGAGUUCCCCACCAAUAUGCGACUCGACCACGGCCUCGGCGGGAUCAUGAACAUGGCGGACGUGGAUGGAAAGCGACGGAAGGGUAGCCUCUCGUGGUGCGGCAUGUGCAAUGGACGCUGGUGGAUCGAUCGGGAGGCGGGUAUCGCAGCCGUUCUUGUUGUCAAUGUUCUGCCACUUGGAGAUCCAGUCGUGAACAAGCUCCUCGACGAGCUGGAACGGGCGGUGUACGGGGGUCUGCUUCAUGCAAAGCGAAGUUGA